UAAAAAAUCAGAGAAGAACGAGCUACCUUCCAGAUUGCAUCCGCAUCAGAGCUGAGUUGAACACGGUUAAAAUUCCUGCAACACAGAACUUCAGCGAAGUUAUCAACAUGCCUAUGUUUUUGGUAAAUACUAAUGUGGCCAAGAGUGACAUUCCGCCUGCACUGUUGUCUGAGGCCACAGAGGAACUGGCCAAGGCGAUGGGCAAACCUGUGCAGUACCUUGCUGUGCACAUCAUCCCAGACCAGUUGAUGAUGUUUGGAGGGAAAGGAGACCCUUGUGCUCUCUGCUCCCUUCACAGCAUUGGAAAGAUCGAAGGAGCACAGAAACAAUACUCUAAACUACUGUGUGGACUGCUCAACAAACACCUGGGCAUCUCCCCCGACAGGAUCUACGUGAACUUCUUUGACGUGGAGGCAGCGAACGUAGCCUGGAACAACUCUACCUUCGGCUGAUCAGGGGAUCUGAACUUCAAUGGGAGCUGACCCCUCCUUUCCCCCACACCUUAAUAACGGUAGUACAGCAUUAGAGUAGGCUGUGGGGAGACCAGCAGAGAUGCCCAGUUUCUGGGCUGAUUUAGAGCAGCAUUGAUAAAUGAACCCUUACUUUAUGCAGACCCUUGGCUUAUGCAGACCCUUGGUUUAUGCAGACCCUUGGUUUAUGCAGACCCUUGGUUUAUGCAGACCCUUGGUUUAUGCAGACCCUUGGUUUAUGCAGACCCUUGGUUUAUGCAGACCCUUGGUUUAUGCAGACCCUUGGUUUGUACUGGACCCUUGGCUUUGAUGUUCCAAUAAAGUGAUUCUCAUUGAUCA